AUGAUGCCUGGAGAGACACCGCCGCCGCCGGCCGGGACUGCAGCCGCCGCCGCGGCCUGCGCCAACUGCGGUGUUCUCCAGCAGAAUAUAAAUGAAUACGUAGCCGCGUUAAUUGCACUGAAGCAAAAAAUGAUUGAUGGAGAUCGUUUGCUGACAGAGUAUCAACAGAAAUGCACUGAGCUUCAAUUUGCUGAACGGGAGAUCUCUGCUCUUCGCUGCCAAGUGGAGCAGAUGCUACAGAAAAUCCUGCCUCUGGAAAAGUGCCAGGAAGAGUUGGGUUCCUUGAAAGCGGAGCUGGAAGAGAAAAAGAGUUCUCUCAAGAUUUAUCGGGAGAGUCAACUGGAAUAUGUUAAAAUUAAAGAAGAGAUAGUAAACAGUGAUGCUGUGAGAAAGAAACUGGAAACAAAAGUGAAGAAACUUGAAGAGGCAGCAACAAAGCAUACACAGGACGUCAGACAACUGAAAACUGAAAAGAAAAGGCUUGAAAAGGAGCUAAAGAAGGCACAAGGAAAACUUGAUGGUGUACUUAAAGAGAAGUUCAGAAAAGUUAAGCAUGUGGAGACCCAGAGUUCAAGUGAAGAUCUUACAACAGAUAUAGACAAAGAAAAAAUAAGGCUCUUGUUAGAAGAACUCUGGAUGUGCAUUGACAGUGCAACAGGAAAAAGAGAGAAUCAGGAAAACGAUCCUGUCUUGGAAACUGUACAAAUCCACCAAAAGAUCAGGAGGUGUGAUGGCAAAACGCUACCUUGGUAUUCCUCACUAGAAAGUGCUGGAAAGCAAAAUUCUGUCACAGCCAUGCAACUUCAAGCGAGUACCGAGCCUUUUGGAGGUGACCGUGUUGAGAACAGGACUACUGAAGAACGUCUGCAUGGUGGUGAGGAUGAAACUGUAGAUGCAAUCAUACAGACAGAUGGGGCACACAGCAGUUCAGACUUUUCUGACCAGGAGCAAAAGGGCCCAGGUGGAAAUGUGAUAGAUAUAUUGAACUGGGCCAGGCCUCUCCCUGCUCUACUUUCUCCAGUACAGCUUUCACCACUAACUACACAGGAUCUAUUGUUUGGAGAAGUCACAGGUUCCAGCGACGAAGAAGUUGAUUGCAGUGCUUCUGCAGUGGAGGAUAUUUUACAAGAAGACCAAGUUCAACCUCAGAGUUAUAAUGUAUUCAGCCUCAAUGAGGAGUGUAACAGACAGAGCAAAUCACGUGAGCAUGGUCUUGAUGCAGAAAACUCAUGUAACCUGAGUUGGAAUGAAAAGAAUGUUCAUAUCGGGCCAAAGAUGUCAAGCAAGGAGGAGAGAGAUGCUGAAACAGAGCAAGCUGAAGCUGCUACUUUAAUUACAAACAUGCACACUAACAAAGAUUGUUUGGAGGAGAAUUCUGAGAAAAUGGAAACCGAGAAGAGAGAACUAACUGAAGCAACAGCGUAUGAACUGCAAGCCAUCGAAGAACAGAAACGAGAUAGUGAGGACUUGCACAGUGAAGAGGGAGGCUCUUCAGCUGACUGUAUGUUACACAGUUUCAAGCUUCAGAAUCAGGUUGAAAAAUGUAGUGAGGUAGAGCAAACAGAGGAGAAUGUAAUCUUAAUCAGAGCUGUUGAUUAUGAGGGUACGCAUGAAAAGCAUGGUGAAUUAAUGAAAGCAGAAAGAGAUGGAUUAUCAGGAGAGAGAGAAACUCCCAGGGCAGUAUCUGUUCCCCAAAAUGUUACUCAUUUGCCACCUGAGCAAUGCAUUGUGCUUCAAAGUGAAGAUGCUGAGGAGAAAUUUGAUGUGUUGAUACAGAAUGAAGGGGUUGAAAAUGAGUCAAAAAAUGUAAUCAAAGUAACUAAUAUGGCAAAUGAUGCAGGCACUGGAGCUAUUGAGAUCUCAGCACACUCUCAGAGCUCUGAAAUAAAACCAGUCAGUGAAGAGAUACUGGAGAAACAAUGUGUGCAAACAAUAAAAGAUGAAGCGGACAGAGAAUGCGAACCAGAGACUGUUAAAGUCUCUAGACUUUACUUACCUGUAUCUGCUAUUGAAGGAAUCAGAAAUUCAUUGUCUAUGGAUGUCAUAGACAAAAAUGUAGGUAUGGAGAGGACUGCUUUGUCAGCCUUUCCAAAAGAUGAUGAACAGCUCAAAAUUGAAGAUGUGAAUAUAACCAGACCUGAGACUACUGAACUAGCCAUGAAAUUUAACAGAGAAAGUGUUCUAGAAAUAGCUGAAUCAUCAGAGCUACUCCAUAGUGCAGAAAAUGGAAAAUUAGUAGAGAUAAAGGAGGGGGGAUAUUUAAAAGGCAAAGCACAGCAGGAAGAAAAUGGUAGUAAUUUAUUGCAAGGGAAGUCAGACUUGGAAAGUAUACUUGCGCUACCGAAGAUGGCCUGCAUUACUGAUGCAGAAAGCAGUGUAGCUAAGUGCGAAUCCUCCGUGUUAGAUUUUACAGAAAUAAAAGGUGAAAUAAAACAACCUGAAAACCCGUGUAGUACAUUAGAAUGUAGGUUGUCCAAAACUCAAAACUUUAGAGAGUUUGAAUCGCAAGAGACUGAAUUCAAAGUUAAUCCAGAAGAUUUCGGAGAGGAAAGCAGUGAGCUGUUAGAAAGAGCGGAUACCAUUGACUCUGUCUUAGUAGAAAGUAAUCUUACUUCUCAGGCACAGUUUGCAAAACCUCUGAAUCAGGUCUUGGUAACUGAAAAUGUUAAAUGUGAUGAAAUAAAAGGGGAAUUAAAUAAACAAAGCAAGGAAUUGGUGACUGAGACUUGUUCCAGUUCAUUUAACUGGGAAGAGAAUGUUGCGAAGAAAAAUAAUAUUUCAGAGAUCAUCUGCCAGCCUGCUUCAGAAAUGGAUUUUAAUAGUGGCUUGGCUUUUUCUACUCAAGAGGACUUGGAGAUGGGCUGUAUAAAUACUGAAGAAACAGAUUCUCCUGUGCAAGUGGGAGUUGGCUUGGAAUCCACAGUGCCUCCUGAUCUAAAUUUCAGUCUUCAGAAAACUGACAGUUUUGUUGAAACUAAUUUCACAGAAAAGGCUGCUUUUUCCCAUACAUGGGAAAACAAAGGAGAUAAAAUUUGUGUUACGGGUAGUGCAUUUAACUGUUCUUCAGAAAGCUUGGAAGAGGGUGCUGAGAUCCCAUCUGCUGAAAAAGACAACAUGUGCGAAGACCUGGACUGCCCUGAGAGGGAAUAUAUACACAAAAAUGAAGUGAAAAUUCCAGAUGAGAAGGAGCAGCCAGUGGACAAAGAACCUCAGGCAUCUGAUAAAUCACAGAUCUUGGAUGCAAACUCGUGUAAUAAGGAUACUUUUCUUCUCCAAAAGUUUGAUUGUCAAGAAUCAGGAUGCAGGACUUCUACGUGGGAGGUUAGAACAGAUCCUCCUAGAACUGGUUCACUAACAGCUGGGGAAGAAAGCGAAGAAUUGAAUAGUUUUGAGGCGUCUGGGAAAAAUGCCAUAAAAAGGUCUAAAAAUGAUUUUGAUACGCCAGAGCAGAGCAAUGAAUCUGAAGAGAAAGACUGUUCUAUACAAAAAGUUAGAUAUGCAAACAGUUCUGAAUGUGUUCCCAUGUUCAGAAAGGAACUGAGAGCUUCCACGAGAAUUGCAGUGAGUGCUCUGGGAAGUGGUGCAGUUGUUGAUGCUGAUUACCAAGCAUGUGAACCUCAUUCAACAAUGCACCCAGGAAAUACUUUGGCAGUUAGUCAUCUAAAAGCAGACACUAUGGUGAACGUGGAUACACACUGUGAAACAAACGCCUCUCCAGAUACUGCAAAUAAGUCGCUAAGUGUGGUUGGGGAGGGUUAUGCUAAAAACUUACCCUCUAGGGAAAGAGAGUGUAUAUUAGAAACCUCUGAAAAUACUGAGGGUGCUAGUAAAUGCAUGGUAGAUUCUAACAGAGCUGGAUGCAUCAAUGACAGCGAAGAAAGUCUGUUAAAAACUGAGACAUCAAAAGAAAGCCCUGUACUAUGCCAGAUGUUAACCACAUUCUCAGAAACUUGCAGCAUGGCUGUAAAACCCAGUAAAUUAAAUACAAGAAUGUUAGCACUUGGCAAUUCCUCAGAAGAAAAGGAUUCUGAAAAACUUCAGUCCAACGUGGAGCAAAGUCUACUACAUGGUGUUGAUGCGGGGGUCUCAGUGUUCAAAGAAUAUAAUCGUAAUCGAACUUGCACUGCUUGCAACACAAGAGAAAACAACACUGAUGUUAUCUUAGAUGGUAGCAGUAGUAAAAACCUUUUUGUCAAGUAUCUUCCAAAUCCAGCCCUAUCAGAUGUAGAGUGCAAUUGUCAGACAGUUCGGCAGCCUUCUGAGCCACAAAAAACAGUAUUUGAGAAGCUACGUAUGUUGGAGUCAGAGUCUGGUGUGGAUGUUGCUCUCAAAAAGAGCAAUAAAUUGAAGUGCAAAGAGCAAGAACCAUCUGGAAUCUCGACUGUUUCAACCAAGACAGCUGCCCAAAUAAUGCAUGCCAAGCUAUCAAAGAGGCUGUUUCAAGGUAAAAGAAAAACAAAGACUCUCAAAGUUAAGCUAACUCAGCCAGUUCUUGCAAAUGCUGAUACUUCUGUGCCAACAAAAUGCUCAUCCGAGACUAUAAAUAAAAUUAGGCAAGAGAUGGGUCCUCCUCUGCCCCCCUUGCUACUGCCUUUGGUUGCUACUCCUCCAAAAGCUGCAUGUCCCAUGUCCCCAGUAAUGUCUUCUACUGAUCGAUCCUCUUUGCUUUCCCCUCUUGAUGACCUCAUAUCCCCACUCCGUGAAACUCCUGUUCCUCCUCUCAUGUCUCCGUUAACAGAUACUCCAACAGUAAAAUCUGCUCUUUUAUUUUCUCCUCCCUCACCCUCAGAACUGGCAGUAGGUAGAAGGAUUCGCUCCUCACCUUUGAAAUUUUGUACUUCCAUUCCAAAGCAUGCACUUCCUGUCCCAGGAAGAUUUCCUCUGUUUGCAGCCGACAGUGCUGCUCCAGGUGCUCCUCAGGAGAACUCUGUGAAAAUAUUGGACACUAUGUAUCCCGAGCUGUCUGCAAGGGCAAGGACACUGAACAUUCUGAAAGGCAAUAUUCAGCUUAACCGAUGUGCUUUUUCAGACAGCCAAAGUUUGCCAGGACCUGUGGCUCAAAUAGGUGGGUUCAAAGCGAUUGCAUCUACAUCAACUGCUUUUGUUAAAACUGGGAGCAAUUUGAAAUCUGAUAGCAGCAAAGAUCAGGACAAAGAUGUGCAAAAUCAGCGAUCAUUUUCAAGCUCAUCAAAUAGUCUUGAAAAACGGACGCUAUUGCCAGUAUCUAUGCCAAGAAGUGCAAAGAGACUGAGGUUGGACAGUGAACCACCAAAGCUGGAGCCCAAUGAUAUUGCUGCUAUCGGUAAUUCUAAAAAUACAAUCUCUGAAAUGCAGGAGGCUUUGCGUGACAAAAGCUGUGAAGUCAGUGAUUCGGCACACAGUUCCAGUUUAGAAGCAUCACUACCGGUAAAGAAGGUUAUUGAUCCUGAGUGCCAGAAAGUUUCUUUGGCAUUGAAGAAAAUUGCUGAAUCCUGUUUUGACUUGUUACCAGUUAUUAAAGGUCAUGUGUAUGUCAGGAAUAUCUCCAAGAUUCCAAUAAUGAGAGAUGAAGAGAAAGAAGUUGUUUAUGAGUUUGGUAUAAAAAACAAACAUUUAGCAGAGUCGUUGCUGGAUGUUAUUCUCAAUAAACUCAAGGCUCAGAAGAAUGCCACAAAUUACAUUUUCAAUCAGGCUCUGUGUCGAGUCUACACAGGAAUUUGUCGACAGUUGGGAGAUUUGGAAAGAGCCCGCCUUUUCUGCUAUAGCCUACUUAAAGAAGACUUUCCAGACUCAGAAAAAUUGAUUUUAUUUAUCACGAAUGUAUGGUCUGACAUAUUUGUCUUCCAAGGUGCAAUUAACAAAGCUAUGCAAGUAGUUGUCAGGCAGAGUGCAAGCAAUGAGAUGGUGGCCUGUUUGAGUGCUUAUCUCAACUGGGAACAGAGUUCCUCUUUAGAUGCUGGCGUUAUGGUCUCAAACCUGCUUUUAGAAAUGCAGUCAUGUCCAAAAGUAGAAUUUCAACUGAGUGAGCAAUAUGGAGAAGAUCUGAGUGAAGAUGCCUGGCAGUACAUAUUUGCUGUUGACCUGCUCUGCUCUCACCUGAAGUGGGACUGGACACAUGACAAUGUUAUAAGCAAAGUGCUUUGGCCUUCUAUGGAUAAAUGGGUAAAGAAGAGAAAGGGACAUGAAACUGCUCAAUCCAUUCCUGAUAGUGUUAUAGCACUGACACUCAGGCUGAUCGGUCGAUUGGGCCAAAUAGGUUUGAAGGAAGGCUAUCUGGCUGCAGUGAAGAAUAUUAGUUCUGUAAUUGGACUGUUUGUACAGCAUGCGAAAGAGGAAGGUGUUCCCUGGGGUGUGCAGCUGGCAGCCAUAUAUUCACUGUGUGACUUGGGUUCAAGCGAUCCAGAAGGUAUUAUUGAGGCCAUCCAUGCCUGGCGAGCAACAGCUCUUAACAACAUCCCUUUUGCUGUCACAAGUAGCAUAGCUGAAAUCACUUCUCUGUGUAAAAUGGAGCUAAACUAAAACCUAGGGAAGUGGACUGAUCUAAAGGAAGAAGUGCCUUAUUUUACUAAGCAGUAGUUGGUUCCAGUUAAAAACAAUACAAAGUGGUGUGUCCUCUUUUAUUUUUUUUUUUUUUUAUCAGAAUGUCUGAUGACACAAAGCAAGCUCAAGUAUUUUAUUUGGCUUUUGUGUUUGAGGGAAGAGUUUUAAAAAAAUAAGUAAAAAGACUUGCUUUUCCUAAUAACUGAUCGGCGAUCUGCAAACCAGUGCACCUCUGACUCCUGAGAUAUUUCUGGUUUGAUGUCAAUAAAAAUCACUAAUAGUUUCCAUUAUUUUACUUCCAUCAAUUUGGAGCAUGGGCUAUUUGACACAACAGAAGAUUGAACCUGGCUGAAAACCUGGCUCUGUUAUUUUGUACUAUAUUUAUAAAGUAACCGUUCAGAUAGCAGAACUUUGCCCAGAUUCUGCUUUAUUUUGCUUGAGGAGUCUCAUGACCUUAAUUUAAAAUACUUGUGUAAGACUGGUAGGAAUUGACUUUUUGUGUAACAAUCAUGUAUAGAGUAACAGAGAUGUUAAAUCUCUGAACUUGUAUAUAUGGCGUAUUCUGAUAAUGUGGCUCACAUUUGAUAUUGUUCCACUUGGGGAAUUUUGUGUAUGUAAAUAGAAAGUUGGUUCAAAAAAAGUUCACGUUUCUA